UCCCGCUUCUCUUUCUCCUUCUCCUUCUCCUCUCCCGCGAUUCAUACAGUCGUUUCAUCGCCGAGCGUUCCUCUGACGCUGUACGCAGCGCCGGCGAAGGAUCGGAGAUCCUCCGUCUGCCGGAGGAAAGCUGCUGCUUCUGCAUGCCGACCUACGGAUUUUUGCCCUGUAGCAAGGCGGCUCUGGGAAACAUUUUCUUGAUUACAGUGUACGGAUACCUGAUGUUCCUUGCGGCAACUUUCUCGUCGGCGGGCAGUGAGCUGUUGCUUGAGAUUCUGGGUCCGGGUAUCAACGGCGGUCUCUAUCCACCUUUUCUCGGUGCUCUUCCGGAUGCUAUGCUCAUUCUCGUAUCUGGAUUAUCGGAAAGUGUUGCCUCAGCUCAGAGCCGGGUGUCUGUUGGAAUGGGGUUGCAAGCUGGGUCUACUGUGAUGCUUCUCACAGUGAUAUGGGGAACCUGUGUUGUUGUUGGCAAGUGUGACAUACAAAACUCAGUUGCUGUAGACUUGAAAGACACUAAAGGAUUCAGCUUCACUGGGUCUGGUGUUAGUACUGAUGUAUGGACUAGGUAUGCUGCAAGAAUCAUGGCUGUCUCUGUGAUCCCUUUUGUGGUCGUGCAAUUGCCGCAGAUCUUCCAUUCUUCCUCAGGGAGACAUUUGGCUGUCUUGAGUGCUCUCAUACUAUCACUUUCACUUCUGAUUGGCUAUUAUGUUUUUCAGGUCUUUCAGCCUAGGAUACAAGCAAGAAGAAUUGAUUAUUCAAAGCGGAAAUGUUUUAUAUCUGGAUUUCUGAAGCAUUUGAGAAUGCAUGCAUUUGGGAGGCUUUUCACGGAUCAGGGGGCCCCUAAUUUUGUAGUAUUGAGAGAGAUUUUUAAUACAAUUGAUUGUAAUGGGGAUGGACAACUCUCGCAUUCUGAAUUAAAAGCCUACAUCAUGGGAGUCCGUGUCAAUGAAACUAUCCUAGACGAAAAUGAGGCUACAGAGAAACUGAUGAAGGAUUUUGAUACAUCUAAUAAUCAGGAAAUUGAGUUUGAAGAGUUUGUUGCUGGAGUUGAUAAAUGGCUUGAUGAGGUUCAAGGUUCCAGAAGUACUGUCCCUGGAACACUUGAGCAUCUUAAUGAUGUCCAUGAGCAAACAAGAAGAGACUAUCAUUUACUAAGAGGUGCUUGGAUUAAAAAUGAUGAUGAGGGAAUCAAGAAGAUUAAGGCUGCAUUAUUCUCGCUUCUAGGGACUGCCAUUGCUGCUGCUUUUGCCAAUCCCCUGGUAGAUGCCAUAAAAAGUUUCUCUUGUGCCACAAAUAUACCAACUUUCUUCAUCUCAUUCAUUGCGCUGCCAUUGGCAACUAACUCAAGUAAGGCUCUGUGGGCAACCAUCAUUGCUAGAAGGAAAAAGCUAGACACUGUAUCGCUGACGUUCUCUGAGUUAUAUAGACAAGUGACUACGAACAAUGUCCUUUGCCUACCAGUGUUCCUUGCUCUCAUUUAUGCCAGAGGAUUAACGUGGGACUUCUCAUCAGAAGCGCUGGUCAUUCUUAUAGUCUGCAUUGUCAUGGGCGCCUUUGGGAGCAUCCGCUAUACAUUCCCACUCUGGACUGCCUUCAUAGCAUUUUUGCUCUACCCCUUUUCCAUCGCGCUUGUUUACGUGCUCAAUUAUGUAUUUGGUUGGUCAUAGGUCCAGUCUUUUAUUCCAGCCAUAUAUGUGUGCAUUGAGUAAGUCUGCACAUUAGUUUCUAUGAAUUGUCACAGAACCAUUGAUGGCUAUGGUUUCUUGCUCCAUAUGAAAUCUGUUUGCUCAUGCUUGCA